AUGUUUUCUCAAAGCGGGACCGGGACCCCAGUUCCUACUAAUGCAAAGAACGCUCCUGUACCUAUUCAUGAUACUAUUGGAGACUCCGUCACAUGGGUAUACGAUUGGUAUUCACCAAAUUUCAAUGAGGCAAAUACCGGAGCCAUAGUAAUGUCAAAGACUGGACGCGAAUCCACUGAGAUUCAGUAUUUGAACAACAACAAUAUUGGCCCACUUCAGUUGAAAGGAUGGUUCAAGACGAACCACAACCACAAGCUGGGGUUUGCCAAGUAUGAUCAAGAUGCAAAUGCAACUUUGGACCUAACAGAGGCGAAAUGGCAAUACAUGCGAAAGUUCAGUAAUGAAGAUAUCGUUGAAAAAGAAGCCUUGGUCAGGUCAAACAAUAGUGCUGUGAAAACAGAAGAUACCGCACUCGAAGGUACGGGCAUAGUAACUUCCAGUAUAGUUUAA